CAUAAUGGCAAUGGCUCCAAAAAAGAAGUUUGACUUCUUCAACGGCGGACGGGGUGUAAACAUGAAAGACUCUUUCGCUGAGGGUUGCGAAGGAAGCCUUGGAGACCCGCCCAGUAAAGAAAUGUUCGUGGACUACUAUUCCUUUGGAGAUAGUAACCGCUAUGCAAGUCCUGCAAUGUAUGCCCCGCCGUGCAGUCCCCCGCCCCCGCCACACUUCAUCGCCGACUACACCCUGAAUCCCCCGGCGGGCAGCCAGAGUCCGACGACCUACUGCGACCAAGCCCCGCCGGACUUCCAGAGCCCAAGUAGUUUGGCUGCACACAACCCAGGGGACAUGGGUAAGCCGGGCGCCGUCAACGCUGAGGGAGUUUGUUGGGGAAACAGCGCAGCUGAAGAAGAUGACUCGAAAAAAAAAAAAAAAAGGCAACAGCGGUGCCGACUGUGUGCCAAUCACGGCAUCUACGUGGAGGUGAAGGGACACAAGUGGUACUGCCCUUACAGAGACCAACACAACUGUGAGAAGUGUGAAAUCACGCGGAAGAGGCAAUACUAUAUGGCAGAGCAGCAGAAAUUAACGAGGGAGCAACAGCAACAACUUCAGGCCCAGCGAGGAGGGGGUGUGCCCAGUAGCCCUCCUAGCCUUGUCGCCAAGUUGCCCUCUGACAUUGCCAUUCCACAAGGACCCAAUACCAAACCCCGUGACUUCCCUCGUUUAGACGAAUUGAUUCAAGAAACUGCAAACAUUAUUAAUGAAGAAUUGUUUGAAGAAAUAAACCAGGUCGUUCGGCCACGAACCCAUCAGUGACAUAUCCUGCUUCUAGGAUCAGACAGUACAUUGUUUCAACCAAGGAAGCACAAUGUAAAGUUUUGUUGGUCGAAGAGUAAUCAGUGAUAUCGUGAAAAAGCAUCGAAUAUGUUAAAGUUCUCUAUAAAGCUUACUGGCAAUACCCGAUAAGACAACAAAUUCUAGGAAAGUAAUGUGAAUAAUACGAAGCUUCGUUUUGAUAUGAUACUCUGUUGCUCAUCUUGCAUCGCAUGCUAAAAGGGCAGCAUGUUUCAACCCUCUCAUCACCACUGUAACAUUAAACUUUCACUUUCCAUUCCUUCGGGAUAUGAACGGCGAGAAGCAAUGAUUAUUUUCAAUCUUUGUCCUUUAAAGGUCAAGCUUUGUCCCUUUGGUUGUGAUAUUACAAACAUGGGAAUUCUUCAUCUUUAUAAUACAGGGAUGAGGACGAUCGUGCUGCCUUAAUUGGUUUGGUAUGGUGGCUGAAAUGCAGAAUAAAGCGACUGACCUUUAGCUGUAAGGUACAUAGAUAUGUUACGAAACUGGCUGUGUUAUAUUGUGAGAAAAUUUUAUUAGAGUGAAAGGUGAAUAUGAAAGGGAUAAAUAAUUUGUCUACAAAUGUAUAAAUUACGUGGUGCCAGGGUAUAGAGAGAGGUCCGGUAUGCCGGCAGAUUUCGGAGAUUUAAAUGUAAUGCUACCUCAUUCCCUACUGUAGGAGAAAUUCGAAAGCACACCAAGGAUCCACAGCGCCAGAUUCAUUUUAGCGCGAGCAAGUAACCAGGCUGUUUAUUAUUUCCACGGCAUCAUAUAGGUUGAUUUUACUAGUGGGUUCACUUAUAUUGGGUGUUAUUUUAUUUGCAAAAUUAUCUUGAAAAUCAGAAUGGAUAUUUAGUUUGUUUUUCUUCUUUUUUGCGGGGGUUAUAUGCCACUGUAAGCAAAUAUAUAUAUAUUUUUUUUUUAUUGUAACGGAAAACGGCGGUAGAAUAAGGACCGAUCUCGAGCUUAUUUUAGGCCAUACGUAGUUGAAAUGUUUGAUAUAUUUAGUACUUAAUAUGAUAAAAUUUUGCGUGCAAAAUGUGUUGAUGCUUUACUCUUGCAAGUAAUCAUAUCCCAAUGUUAUUCAAGACAAAUUGUCCUAGGCUCUGACACAGCACCUAGCACUGCUUUAUUGAGUCAUUAGCAUAUGUAGUAUGAUCAUAUCUAGUGCUUCAUAUGUGCAUUACGUCUGUGUUAAAUCGUUUCUGGAUAUUCAUGAAGUUGAUCUCGAUCUUUCACUGAAAGUAAAAUUCAUUCAGAUAAGCUGUGAUGAUUAGUGCAUUUCUGUCUGGCCUUACUCUUUAUAAUACAGAUGCAAAUGCUUGAAAAUGGCUUCAUAGUCAUUAAGCAUCGCCCUGUUUUCAUCAGUUAGAUGUAGUGACGACGUUCUCUGUGAUACUUGUUCGUAGCAUCGUUUCCUCUUUGGAACGUUGUCGUGGUGGAGACUGUGCUUGCUUGGGUGAUGCAGAUUAACAAUAGAGAAUGGGUGAUGCUUGAAUUAGUCCGUGCUUGCAUUUUGUGCAUGUUCCCGUUCGGUAUUAGAGUAGUGUUUGUUUCCAAGGCCAUCGAAGAGAUAUGCAGUAGGGAAUAAUGUUAUGUUUUAAGACUGGAAAACAUAAACUAUGCAUGUAUAUUAUAAAUGUUAAUAUCUAUACAUUGCAAAACUAUCCGUACAAAAAUGUGUGUUUGGCAGUGACUGAUUUUAUAUUUUCCUGUUUCUUUCUUUUUAUUAAUGCAAGCGUCUCAGAAUUUUCCCAUCGAGCUCAUGUCUGCAUCAUGCAUAUCUGCCUAACCUGGAACGUCGUGCCACUCAGACAUUACUAUAUUUAAGAUUCGCUAUAGAUAUUUAGUUUUACAUAUGUUCUCAGUAAUCCAAUUUUGCAGUCCAGUAUACUGAUGGUGAACUUUUUGUAUCCCACUUGAAAAAUGAGCACUGAUAUAAAAACUGCAUAUUGAGCAAAGGAACGGCAAUGGAUCUGUUUGAUUUUUUUUUUUCACAUUGAAUGCUACAUAGUAAUCAUGAGUUCACUUGGCUGACUCAUACCAAGGUUAAUGAACACAGAUGAGAGAAACACAAUUAGGUAAGACGUACAUUAUAUGUUGAUUACAUUUGUAAGAUGGUUUAUAUUUGAUAUGGAUAAGGAAAUUCGAAUAAAAAACCUUUACCCUUAUGAAUAUAUGAAUGGACAUGAAGAAAUAUUUGAUAUGGAAAUCUAGACGUAAAAUUCGUGAACUUUCGUCUUUCCUUACUUUUAUGUAAAUGUGUUUUCUUUGUGUGUGUAUAAAGGACUGUUACUGUGAAUGAAGUCAGUUUGUUAUCAAAUAUUUGUUUCAUAUUUUAUCGCAUCAUAUAUGCUACCAAUAUGUAUUUUGUCGCAUUACAGGCGUGCUGAUGAUAAUAUUCAUAUAAUGAUUACAGUGGACUAGCCAAGGAACCAGCAGUCUCCAACAUGACGUCUUAGAUUAAGUUUCUUGUAUUUCGAGAUGGAAAUAGAAUAAUAAAUUUAAAAACUA